AUGUCUUGGUUGUUGGAGCAUACCUUACACCAAAUCGACGAAUGCCUACAGGGUAUCCAAGAUGUUGGCCAAGAUGUCCUCGGUGUCCAAGACAGCCAUACCGUCGAGGACGAUUUCGCUCUGUUUAUUGACUGGGAUCCCCAAGUAUCACGGCACCCCUCUAUCGAAGCAUCACCAUAUGCUGAAGUCUCUGGGUACGGUGGCCAAUGGACGGGAACAGAGGGUAUUAAAUUAAAUACAGACUCUAGCUUGCAAGGGACCUUUAACUGCCUCAAGCUGGACGAUAUCCAUACCCAACUAAGCGGCCCCCCGGCGCCACAACGACUCAACUUCACUGAACCCCUGCUGCCAAGUGCUCACUCAAAGAAUUUUGGCCCUUCCGUACAAGACUGGGAGGAUGCACUUCGAAUGAUUGAAUCGUUGCCAGGGAAGCAUGACUGCGUAGCCGAAGAGCUCCAGCGGCUAGCUGGAAUGGACGACAAGCGCCAGCGGAACAACGCUGCCUCUGCACGCUUCCGGGUCAAGAAGAAGCAGCGCGAGGAGGAACUGACGAGGAGGGUUCAAAGACUGAGAAGCAGGGCUGACGAUCUAUCGGCUUGCAUUGCCCGUCUUGAGGAGGAGAAUAGAGGGCUUAGAGAUACGUUGCUGGCCAUGCCAGGGAAAUGA